UUAGCUUUUAGCUCAUUCUGAGUGUUAGAAAUGGGUGUGUAUUAUGUUAGAAACCAGUGUCAAAACGACCACACCUACAUCCUCGGAAAGUUUAAUCAGAGCCUCCUAUACUAUUUGAAAAAAAAAAAAAAGGUUUAUUAAAGGAUUUACACAUUUGAAUAGAUGAGCUUUAAUUGGGCACAUCAGAUGGUUUAGAUGGCAGCUGGGAGUGGACCAUGGCAGCACGGCAUUUGCCUAGCCUUCAUGCAUAGAGCAGGUUUCACACCAACUCAACUCUCAGGCCAGCUGCUUCCCGCCCAUUGCUUCAGAAACCGCCCCACCCCUCUGCUUUUUCACUGGGUUUCAUAAUACCGCGCUUACUCACGCAGCCACUGUAGGACUGGCUGUCCUGGCGGUUAGUCUGCUUCAUACAAACAGAGAGAGGGUCGCUAUUCCCGCUGGCCCGACUGUAGCCGAAGCCUGAUUUCUGACCACGGGAGGAGAGGCCGGUCAUUCAUUGCAGCUUCUCUGGUUUUCGAAGUCUCCGUCAACAAGAGCCAACAUGGAGGAAGAGUCUAAACAAAGAAGAAUGACCAUGGAUUUUUCUCAGCUGCACACAUACACGCCUCCACAGUGUGCCCCAGAGAACACCGGCUAUACUUACUCUCUCAGUUCCAGCUACUCCACUGCAGCAUUAGAGUUUGAGAAGGAGCACCAGAUCGCUCCUGUGUACGAGUCACCCAGGAUGUCACGCCGGAGUCUGCGUCUGCAGGGUGCCACCGGGCAGCAUGGCAACGAGGGCCUGGCCGACCUCUCCCAGAACCACAGCAGCAGCUACGCCAGCAGCAGAAGGGAGACACGGACGCUACGGAGCAGAAAGCAGCAGUCCACUUCCAGUUCUCUGUCUCUAUCCCUGAGCCAAGUCGACACACCAAGGAAAACUUUGUCAUUCUCAGCAGUCAGCACCCCGAUUGACAGCAGCAGCAAAAUUCAAGAAAGUGACACAGCAUAUAAUGCGUCUCAGCUUUCUUCCACUCAUGAAAAGUCCCACCUGAGACAGCGCACAGUCGUCACCACCACCACCACCACUACUACAGCUGUGGGUGGACACUGGGGGCAGAGCUCCAGCCACAGUUCUUCAAGUGUUAACGGAGAUCCCAGCACGGCCAAGUCCCACGCCUCGCUCGCUAACGGCUACAUCUGCAAAGACUGCUCUAUACACUCUCCAACCACGGACGCCUAUAUCAGUCGGUCGUCAUCAUCUCAAGCUGCAGAGGUUUCCACUGAUGCGCUCUCUUCCUCAUCCUCGCCUUUCACCAGUAUAUACACUAGAGACAGGAGUCGGAGGAACAGGACAAGUGUCCUGAUGUCAGUAUCUAACACGUGUGUGCACUACAGCAAACAAGCCCUGGCCCCCGUAGUGUCCUUAGUCACCCUUCUCUUCAGCAGUGUGGUCUGGUUGGGUUCAAGGGCCAAGAGCCCACCAGGAAAAGGUCUUUUUGCAUCGUUUUUGGAUUCAGUGAGACAAGCGGCAUCCUCCAGCCUGUCCAAACUAUGGUUGUUUAAGCAGACUACUCUUCACAAGAUGAUGGGCAGCAGAGCUAAUUACUAUGAAGGACAAGCUCACACAAGUUUCUGUGGAAGCAUGAAUGUGAAGGACCUGGUGAAUGAAGAAGCUUCACAUCUUAAUCUUAAUGGCUCUCUUUGUGAUGACUGUAAAGGGAAGCAGUACUCUGAGACACACACCGUCCUCUGCACACAGUCCUCCAGGUCACAGCGCCUGGUGGGGGCUCUGUGGAGCAUCCUAGCUUUUGCAGGUCACUGCCUCCUGCAGCCAGGUCACUGUGUAGUCAGAGCAGGCAAAGCGUUGGGUUCUGGGGUCCUUGUUGGAGCACAGAGGCUGCUCUCAUUCUUCUGGAUGCUCGUGUCUGCUCCAGUGAAAGGAGUCAAUGGACUGCUUUGGUUUCUUGCUAAAGGAUGGUACUACUUGGUUUCUCUCAUGUCUAUCCUCAAUGUCUUCUUCCUCACAAAAUGUCUUCCCAAACUCUGGAGGCUCCUGUUGCUCCUGUUGCCCUUUUUGCUCCUCCUUGCUUUAUGGUUUUGGGGUCCGUCCACUUCUACACUGCUCGCCUACCUGCCGGCCAUAAACCUAACUGAGUGGGGUCCUGCUUCUGCCGUCACCUUUUUGUCCAACAUGGUGGCGUUCCCAGCAUCUGUUCCUGCAACAGAGUCUCCAGUGGAGCCAACUCCAGCCAUCACAGUCUCACAGGAAACGCCAAUCCUUCCCCCUGUGGCAGUCUCCACUGUGGAUUUGGAGCGUCUUGAACAUGUCGAACAGCAGCUAGCACUGCUGUGGGAACGAGUCCAGCAGGGUGACCAGAAGCAAGACCAGCGUCAUGGGGACAUUUUGGGUCUCUACAGCACCUUGAGGGAGCAGCUCCACAGCCAGACUGACAGGGAGAGUCUGGGGGUGUGGGUGUCCUCCCUGCUGGAGCAGCGACUCGGCGUGCUGCGAGGAGAGCUGGAGCAGGACAACACACGCAGAGCACAGAUUACAGAAGAGCAGAAGCUGCAACAGGACAGUCAGGCAGCGCGGCUGGCUGAUUUAGAGCUGCUGCUCAGUGCUUUAGCAGCAAAGACGGAGACUGUGCAGCAGAAGCAGUAUGAGCAUGAGAAGGAGGAACGGGAGAAAGAACAGAUCCAAUCAUCAGAGGACAAGGCACCUGUCAGUGUGGGUGUGAAGCAGGAGGACCACGACGCUUUGUUAGCAGAGGUGCAGAGACUUGAGACAGAGCUGAGUAGAAUCAGACAGGACCUGCAGGGGGUUGUUGGAUGCAAGGGCAAGUGUGAGCAGCUGGACACGCUGCAGGAAACGAUAUCAGUGCAGGUGUCCUCACAGUUGCGGAAAGAGCUGCAGGCUCUGUUCUUCGGUAGUGGUGGGUCAGAGGAGCAGCAGGGUGAGGUGCCCGAAUCUCUGAUCCAGUGGUUGUCCCAGCGCUAUGUGAGCACACCGGACCUGCAGGCGGCACUGGCCUCACUGGAGCUGAGCAUGCUGAAAGACAUAUCGCUGCAGCUGGAGCGCAGCCGGACCCAGACUCUGGAUGAGGCCGAGUCCCAAACAAGGAGCAUCGUUCAGACUGUAACUGGGGCUGUGCAGCGCACGUCCGCAACCGAGGGACUGACAGAAGAGCAUGUGAAGCUGAUUGUCCAGAACGCUCUGAAGCUGUACUCCCAGGAUCGAACAGGCCAAGUGGACUACGCCCUGGAGUCUGGAGGCGGCAGCAUCCUCAGCACCCGCUGCUCUGAAACAUACGAGACCAAGACGGCCCUCAUGAGUCUGUUCGGGCUGCCACUCUGGUACUUCUCCCAGUCUCCCCGCGUUGUUAUCCAGCCUGAUGUGUAUCCCGGUAACUGCUGGGCAUUUAAAGGUUCUCAAGGUUAUCUGGUGAUCAGGCUUUCCCUGAGAAUCCUGCCCACAUCCUUCUGUGUGGAGCACAUCCCCAAAGCUCUGUCCCCAACUGGAAACAUCACCAGCGCCCCUCAAAACUUCACAGUCUUUGGUCUAGAUGAUGAGUACCAAGAGGAAGGAAAGCUGCUGGGGCAAUAUAAAUAUGAGGAAGAUGGGGAGUCUCUGCAAGUUUUUCCUGUUCAGGAGAAGAAUGAUAAGGCCUUCCAGAUCAUCGAGGUGCGGGUGCUGUCAAACUGGGGUCACCCAGAAUACACCUGCCUAUACCGCUUCAGAGUCCAUGGAGAACCACGCCCCCAAUGAACCAACCAUGUCCAGACACGCCAUUAAACAUUACACCCUAUCUGUACAUAGCUGUGACCAGCUUCUUUUUAGUGGAGGGGACUCGGCCGUGUGGAUGUCUUUGCAUGAAAGCCAUGAAGAAACAGAAGUUGUGGACUGACUGUUAGAGCAAUGUGCCCAGACUGAACCGUAAACAUGCGUUUUGAUGGUAUUGAAAGUUUCACUGGAAGUUUGUGUCUGGACCGUCAAAGAAUGCCAGAGAAAUGGAACCACAGAAGAAGCUAAAAGUCCCGGUCCCCUUUUCAUUGCACUGAAUCAGCUCAUGAGGUCAGCAGGCACCUCCAAGCGGACAAAUCUAUUCUCCCCUUUCUGCAACUUUCUUUUCUACAGGGGAGUGGACAUUUGAAAUGGGGAUUAUAGCUACAAACUCAUCUCCAUCAUUUUCUCAUACAUCUGUCUGAUUUCCUUUUGCUCCUUUAAAAACUUAAUCCACCUUUUUUUUUGUUUUGUUUUUUGUUUUAAAGAUCCGAUACCACAGGACCUUUGCCUGAGCCGCUGUUCAGGCAUGUCACUCCCUUUGCAGCAGCAGAGUUCUUUAUGCUCUCAUCAUGGACAUGCUAAGUUCUCUACAUUCUGGGCUUGACCUCAUGCUUUUUAUGGCCAUAAGUAAGACUUUGCUUUCUUUUUUUAAAAAGAACUGAACAUGCUGCCUAUGGACAAACUCUGAAUGUUUGAUACAGUGGAGGCUUGAUAGAAGUUUCCUUCAAUCGCACAGCAACAAUAGAAAACCACUAACAUGAGCCUUCUGUGAAUUCAACGUGAGAAGGCUCCUCACUAUUGUCUGAUUAUGGCUAGACUUCUGGAAUAAUGCUAGCAUGUGGCUCCCUCCGAUCAAUGCUCCACACUUUUACAUACAUGUGUGUAAAAGAUCCAUGUGUUCUUGCUGAACAUUUGAGUCCCGUGCCUGGAUCUCAGACCACCAAACAGUGUUUCAAGGUUUUUUUCUUUUUUAGUAUUCAACAGUGUGCUUCUGUGUGUAGCUUCUCUCCUUUUAGCUCAGUUAAUCGUCCUCAUCACAUUGGCUCACUACUCUGAAACCCUGAAGGAAUGUAACCUGUAUAUUUCAUUGUUGAUAGUUGGUCCUUUAUAAUACCUAUUUUUGUCAGUGUUGCUUUAUAAAAGAAACGAUCCUGUCAUUAUUAUCGUUUUACUAUUAUUUCUGCUUUGACUCAUCAUGUUCUGCUUUCUUUUUGUUUUGUUUUGGGUGUGUUACUAUCAGAUGAUGCACUGCUGCACUGAAACACAGAUUUGUGGCACGGGUCUUCAUAAUUUGUUCAUAAAAUGGGUGUAAGACAUUUUGGUUGCAACCAUGGGUGAAUCUAAAAUAUUACUUGUAAAAAAAAAAAGGUUUUGUUCACAGGUCUUAUUUAUUAACAAGACAAUUAUUGGCUGCGAAGUCUGAUUAACUGCAAUGUAUAUUUUGUUAAAAGCUGUUCAGUGCAUUUUGGAAUCUUGGGACUUUUUUUUAAGAUAAAUGGCUAUUUUUGUUCAGUCAUGAGAUGACUCAACUGCUUUGGAAUAUAUUCCAAUAAAGACUAUAAUUUUGAAAAAA